AUGGUGAAACACCAAAGUAUUGAUGUCGGGGACUGCUUCCGUAUAUUUCCCCCAGUUUCCCGUCUUUCCACUCACGCUGUUGUCGUACUGGCACUAUGCUUGAGUCGUUGUAUUGUGACACUGGGUUACCCGUCUGAAUACUCUGUCGCUACCUACAUCUUUGUUUCCGUUUUCGUCUUUACGAUUGAAUGGGAUUGGGCGUACCGCGAGGCAUAUCUCGAACUGGAGCGUCGUCGUCGCGACGGAUUGCCGCUAAUCGAUCGUGACCUCGUCCCCGCAUCUCGAGUGAAGCUCCCGACUGACGAAGAACUGGGUCCGGACUUCAAGAUCAUUAUCUAG